GGAUAGGAGCUUGUCAGGGCGCUGAGAGACAGUGAACAGCAGAGGUCUGACGCUAGCUGAUCAGGACACAGACACACUGAACCGUGGAGACGUUUCGCUGUUCACAUUUUUGAAAGCAAAUGUUAACUUUCGGAUAGUACAGUCAGCUAGACUAUCUAGCGUUUGAGGCGGCUGGCUACCAGUUUACGUAUCGGUGUUCUACGGUGGAAUAGCAAAAAUGUCGUCUCCAAGUCCGGGUAAAAGGCGAAUGGAUACCGAUGUGGUGAAACUCAUUGAGAGCAAGCAUGAAGUCACCAUCCUCAGUGGACUUAAUGAAUUCGUAGUCAAGUUUUUUGGACCACAAGGAACGCCGUACGAGGGAGGCGUGUGGAAGGUGCGAGUAGAUCUUCCCGACAAAUACCCUUUCAAAUCCCCAUCAAUAGGAUUCAUGAAUAAGAUAUUUCAUCCCAACAUUGAUGAAGCGUCAGGGACAGUGUGCUUAGAUGUCAUCAACCAGACAUGGACGGCCCUGUACGAUCUGACCAACAUCUUUGAGUCGUUCCUGCCCCAACUGCUGGCCUACCCAAACCCCAUCGACCCGUUAAAUGGAGACGCCGCCGCCAUGUACCUCCACCGGCCAGAGGAGUACAAACAGAAAAUCAAAGAGUACAUCCAGAAAUAUGCAACAGAGGAGGCUCUGAAGGAGCAAGAAGAAGGGGCCGGGGACUCUUCAUCUGAAAGCUCCAUGUCUGACUUCUCAGAAGACGAGGCCCAGGACAUGGAGUUGUAGUGAUAGGCGGGCCCUCCCCGCCCCUCCUCCCCCAGCCCGCCUCCUUUAACCCCCACAGAGACUAUAUUUGAUUUCCUAACCAUGAGAAAGCAGACUUAUAAUAUUCAUAUUUAAACAAGUUGAUUUUUUUUAUUAUUACUAUUACUACUAAACAAGGAUUUUUAUGGAUAUCUAGCCUUUGGUGUAUAUGACAGACACCCCUCCCAUUCUGUAGCCGUUUCUCCCCACCCAGAUGUCGCGGUUGCUUUCACACACUCUCCCCUCCGCCCUUCCCUUUCUAAGGUGUGUGUGGUUGUGUAGUUGUAGCUGAGAUUUCUCCCUAUGAGCAUGUCAUUUUCAUUUUCACUUGGAUUUGCAUCUUAAAGCAUAACUCUGGGUCAGAUUUCUUUUUUUCAUUGUUUUGCAUCAUGCUUAUCAGUUUUGACCUAUUUAUCAUCAGAUGGCUCACUGUAGAGCUUCUUAGUGCACGGCUCUCCAGCACAGUCCCGCUGGUGGACAGCCCAGAAGUUAACCCCAAAGCAUGUCUUGUUCAACACAUUGAAUGCUCACUCUGUAAUUAGACACACUGAUGAAAAGCUGUAAAUGUCAAUUAUCCUAAGGCCAGGUUUGGUGUUGUUUUGGCUAAUGCUUUGGUUGUUCAGCAAAAUACAUCCACAAAUUUUUACAGAAAUUUAAAAAGAAAUGUCUUUGCGUGAGUAUCCAUGUAAGAAGAAGACAUGCUUUUUUUUUCUUGAGUCAUGCAAGAUGCAGGUUCCCUUUUUUUAUAAUGAAGUAAUUGUGGAGAUUUUAGUAGAAUAAAUUUAGAGGGGAAAAUGUUCAGAGUUAUGCUUUAACCAUGUGACCAUAUGAAUUUCAAAUCUCAUCAAGGUAUCUCAAGCACACGAGCAUCAGUUGUUCUCGUUGGACUCACCAGUGUGUUGGGCAGGACGGCCAUUAUCCUGCAGUCACAUGUAUGCCUGUUAUCAAAACAAAUGUUUACUUCUGUGAUCGGUCAGGAACAAUCAUCCAGGCUGACGCUUGAAACAUGACUGUAAAUUGAGCGCAAUAGCAACACUGAAAUGGUCAUAUGGUUAUGGAGUGAAUAGUGGAAAUGACAGCGAGUUUCACAGGGCUGGCGUAGUAGCGGUCCUCCUCACAUUCCGCUGUUAGCCGGCGUUGGCUCUGACGCAUGCCCUUCACAUUGGUCUGACCUGUGGUAUGUACCCACGCCACAUCGACUGGACUCAGAGGCUCCUGCCUGCCUGCCUAAAGGGGGCGGGGGGCACCCAUCCUUUUUACAUGAUCACUGUUUUGAAGAAGAUGACAAAAUAGGUUAUCUCACAGGCAGUCAUAUUAAUGCCUGUGACCAUUUCUGUUGAAGGCAAAAUAAUGUCAUAUUCAUUUAUGGGUUACAGAUUUGACUUUUGAGUGCAAAGCGUCAUUCGCCUUUAAUUCAACAUGUUGGGACAUGAGGUUGGAGUCCAAGAUAUAUGGAAAGAGAAGGCAAUCACAGCUUGGAUUUUUUUUUUUCCUACUUGAUUUCCUGUUGUACUUUUCGCCCUAUGAGGGUUAAACACAUUUGGGUUUUCUUUGUGUACAGCAUCUAUCUUGUACAGUGAUAAGACUCCUCUCUGUUUCAAGCCUCAUGAAUCACACAGCGUCGAAACUGAAACACACACCAGGUGUCGUUUGUCGAGGCUAGUACGGCAGUCAAACUACCUAGAGAACCUUGAAAUAUAUAUAUCACCUUCUUUUUACUUUAUAGAUUGCAGUAAUAAUCACUGGCUGCUUUGCGGCAGAUUGUGGAUCCUGGGUGAGAGAUUGAAAACUGAACCUGUUUGUGUCUUCUCAUCGCCUCUGAUCUCAGCUCCCUCACGCAGCAGUGUCUUCAGUGCCUCAUCACAAAAGGAAGGUGACCACUGAAGGAGUCCAAAACCAUGUUUCCAGAAAGCCAUGAAGGUCUAAAAAAGAAAAGAAAAAAGAAAGGACAAGACAAGCACAGUUUUUGUUUUCCCCAGUUUACUUUUCUUCUCCUCUUCCUGCAGUUUGACCCUGUAGAAUUUGUGAUUCCACAUCUGAAUUGCUCUGUACAGACUAGGGGUAUGACCCAGGGUUGAAUUGCAUUGGGCUUUACUGAGCUAAUGUAGGACUGGUAGAGGCUUUCGUGGCUUGGGUUUUGGAAGGCAUCGGUUUGUUUGUAUCUUGCAUAGUGAUUAACAUUUUCACUCCAAAAAAAAAAAAAAAAAAAAGGUAUUGCAAGGGAGGAAAUCAUGCUAACAUUUGUUGAACUUGCUAAGCUGUGUUUUUUGACAUGAUGUCAGGAUAGUUAGUUUUGCUGGGUGGUGACUUCAACUAAACAACACAUGAUAUAUGGCUGUAUUACAGAUAGACUUAGGUAGUUUGGUAUAAUUAUCUAAUAAGGCAUUCAUUGUUCAUCUGAGUUUUAGUUAGUGUCUGUUGCGUAGUAUAUGUAAGAUGCUCCAUAGACAUACCUGCUUGUCCUCUUAUUGCAGAGACAGAGUUGUACAGUUGAGUGUGAGUGAUUUCAGACUAGGGCGACAUUUGACGUGUAGUGAGCCUGAUCUCAAUGUGUAUAGAAAUCAAAAGCUUGGUUCAGCCCCAUACAGUAGAUUGGAUUAUCUCCAAAGGCAUAAAAAAACAAAAUAUGGUCAAAUUAUGUACCCAAAAUCAGCACCACAUUGGAAUAGAGACUGCCCCAUUUAAGUUUGUUUUUAUUUUUCAGUAUUUAACCGAAGAGUUUGACUGUUUAAAGCUGCGGGAUAAUCAUUUCUCUCAACUGGCCCAAGGGAGAUUUGGGUAUUACUUUGGUGUUAGCUUUCAGGAGGAUGCAGCAUUUUUAAUUGGUGCAGGGAGAAUAUUACAAAGUCAGUAUGAUUUCCUAAAUGUUUGUGUUCAAGGAGAUAUAUUGCCAUCUGAGUGAUUGACAUGUGUUCAAAGUGGCUGUGGUGUGAGGUUUGCGAUCUGCAUCUACUCACAACAAAAUGUAGCCCGCAGACCUGUAUGCAGAGUCCUCGUCUCACAAUUGGCUUGAGUUUUCUCCCAAGCUGCCUAUAUAUUUAUAUUUAUUCAUUAAAGAGAAACUUAUUUCUUUUCUGUUUUUAAUCUCAAUCAUCAAGCACCACUGUUAUAUAAAGGUGUAGAUUAUGUUUCAGCUAAAUUGUCACACUGACGAGAAUUUGAUCUUGAGGUUUGUUUUUUUUUCUGGAUUGGAUUUUUUUUUUACUUGACAUUUAUGCAGUAUUGUACUUGAGAGCUGAAAAUAUAUACAAGUUGAGACAUAAUAAUAAAGCACAUUUGCUUGUGAUGCAGUGGUGCAAGAGGGAACAAAUGAUAUUUUGGUCUUUUUCAAAAACAGGACUCUUGUGUUUGGGUAAAAUCAUAGCUUUGGUUUUCAGCAGCGUGCAUCCACUGGGCAAUAAAUUGAUGAUUUAUUCAGCUGCAGCCUGGUGUUGCUAUGGUAAACAUUAUGGCCAAUUGGUGUUUUCAGUUGCCUCUCCCCUUCCUUUUUAGUCUCCAGACUUCCCCGAUGGCAAGAGAAAUAUUUAUAGCCUUUGUGUUUCAGUUUGUUUUUAAUCCUCAAGGACUAAAGAAAUGUCCAAUAAACCAGUGACUGAGUA